AUGUCCGAUGAAUCUAUCUUCCGUUCGGCGGACAUGAUCCUCGUCCAAUUCUACAUCGCCAGUGAAAUUUCUAGAGACUGUGUAUCAGUUCUCGGUGAAAUUGGCGAUGUUCAAUUUCGGGACAUGAAUAAAAAUGUCAAUUCCUUUCAACGAUCCUUUGUUAAAGAAACUCGAAAAUUCGACGACACAGAGAGACAGCUUCGUUACUUGGAAUCUGUUAUAGCCAAACAGCAGGUGCCCAUUACCACAACGUCCUAUGAUGACAUGAUUAGAAGCUCCACUAGAGAUUUGGAAGGUUUGGCAAAUAGAAAUCCUCCUACAACUUCUCAGAUGGACGCUAUGGUCGAGGUGACCGGAAAGUAUGAGGUCAAUGUUAGGCAAAUGGCCGACACUUACGACGACUUGCUUUCCAGGCAAUCCGAUCUUUUAGAGCAUCGAACUGUUCUUCAAGGAACGAGGACUUUUUUUGAUGCUCGUCUUAGUCUUGAAGUUCAGCACGGUAACUCUGGAAUGAAUCAUAUAAGAUUAUCUUCAGAUGUUGAUGAGGAGAGUAUUAUGAUUGAAGAAUCUUCUGAUCAGCCGUUAAUGUCUCAAGAUGCAGAGAGCAUGAACAAUGACAACGCAAAUAACUCUGAAAUGAACAUUUUGGGCUCCAAUAUGAGCUUCAUUAGUGGUACUAUAGACACAGACAGAUUUAUCACGUUGGAGAAAAUUCUCUGGAGAUCUUUAAGGGGCAACCUAUAUAUGAACAAGGUUCCUAUAGACGAACCGAUCACUGAUCCUAAAACAGGUGAAGAGCAUUACCGUUGCAUAUUUGUCAUAUUCACACAUGGUGUCAGAUUGAUUGGAAGAUGUAGAAAGAUUGUCGAAUCUCUUGAGGGUAAGUUGUUUGAGGUUUCACCUGACUAUUCUGUAUAUAGACGGCAACUAUCUGAAGUCAACGACAAGCUCAUGGACUUGAAUUCCGUGUUGGAACAUACUAGAGAGAGACUUGUCCUAGAACUUAAGGAAAUAGCCUUGGAGAUCGAGCGCUGGAAGAUUCAAAUCACCAAGGAAAAGGCCGUAUACUCUACAAUGAACUUGUUUGACUACGAUCCUACAAGACGAUGUCUUAUCGCUGAGGGAUGGCUACCCAAAGAUGAUCUUUCGGCGGUAAAGAGCGCGCUUCGAGACGUGACAGAGCGAUGCGGUACCGACAUCAACACUGUUGUCAACGUGAUACCUACCAACAGAACUCCUCCCACCUUUUUUCGCACCAACAAGUUUACAUCAGCGUUUCAGUCGAUCGUCGACGCCUACGGAAUUGCCUCCUAUCAGGAAGUCAACCCUGGUUUACCUGCUAUCGUGACAUUCCCUUUCAUGUUUGCCAUCAUGUUUGGUGAUUUGGGUCAUGGAUUCCUUUUAUUCUUGGCGGCACUUACACUUGUCUUGAAAGAAAAAUCCAUCGCUAGAAUGAAGAACAGGGAAGAAAUAUUUGACAUGGCUUAUACCGGAAGGUACAUUCUUCUUAUGAUGGGUCUUUUUUCUAUGUAUACGGGAUUCAUGUACAAUGAUUUGUUCUCGCGAUCCAUGACAAUCUUUAAAUCUGGAUGGAAGUGGCCCUCCGGCUUUAAAGAAGGCGAGAGUAUUACGGCUACUCAGAGCGGUGUAUAUCCAAUUGGUAUUGAUUACGCUUGGCAUGCCGCAGAAAAUUCGUUACUUUUCGCCAACUCUUACAAGAUGAAGCUCUCAAUUCUAAUGGGUUUCAUUCACAUGUCUUAUUCUCUUCAGUUUUCCCUUGUCAACUCUUGGUUCUUCAAAUCUCGUAUAGAUAUUAUUGGAACCUAUAUUCCAGGAUUUCUUUUCUUACAUUCCAUUUUUGGAUACCUUUGCGUUACCAUUAUUUACAAAUGGUCUGUUGACUGGAUAGGUAAAGAUAAGGUUGCACCAUCUCUUCUAAACAUGCUUAUUAACAUGUUUUUAUCGCCUGGCCAUGUUGAUGAGCCACUCUAUGCUGGUCAAGGCAUCGUUCAGGUUAUAUUACUUUCGAUCGCCCUAGUCUGCGUCCCAUGGAUGCUUCUCUAUAAGCCUUUAGCUUUGAAACGUCAGAACGAUGUGGCAAUUCGUCUCGGAUACAUAAAUGUACAAGGAGGAGCAGCUGCAGCUGCUGCAGGAACGUUGGACUCUGGGAAUUCUGGUUCCAUCUCUCAGGUUGGCGGUGAUGAUUAUUCUCUUCUUUCUACAGCUACUGACAAUCUAUCGGCUGCCACUAUGACCAGCUUUAUUAUUGAGGAUUACGAUGAGCUUCCAGAACCUUUCAACUUUGGUGACGUUAUGGUUAACCAAGUGAUUUUUACUAUCGAGUUUUGUCUUAACAGUGUUUCUCAUACUGCAUCCUACCUACGUUUGUGGGCCCUCUCUCUUGCACACAACCAAUUGUCGGCUGUUUUAUGGAGCAUGACUCUUCAGAACUCUUUUACUUCUUUCUCCAAGCGCGGCGUUUUGGGUUGUUUUGUCGUGUUCUUUCUUUUUGGAAUGUGGUUUGUACUUACGGUGGCAGUACUUGUUUGCAUGGAGGGUACUUCUGCCAUGCUUCACUCUUUGAGAUUGCACUGGGUGGAAGCCAUGUCAAAGCACUUCAAAGGCGAAGGUUACCAAUACGAGCCAUUCUCAUUUCACGAUAUACUUACCAUCAAACAGGAUGAAGUAAACGGCAACAUUCAGUGA